AAUGCGUCAUAUCCUCCUUAUAUACAACAUGGAUGGGUCACAGCCGGCAGUAUUUACAAAUCUUAUUGUUAUCCAACUGCACCAGAAGAGCGGGUUGUUGUGACCGAUGGUGAAUUAUAAAAACUGCGGUUGUGUCUCGUUCACCUCCAGUCGUCCAAGGGAUAUUGCCGCUAUGUGUCCCUGUGAUGGACUGGCGACCUGACCAGGGUCAACCCUGCCUUUCUCUCCCUAUGUCAGGUUUCUGGUAUUCGGCCAGCUGGUCAGAUAUAACAUGCUGAAUAACCACUCCCUGAGUUUCAAUGGCAUCCUUCCUAACAACAGUCCCUUGCUGCCGUCUCAACAAUGAACUGUGGAAAGCCUCAAGCACAGACUAAAAAGAAUGGCAAGGUUUAAGCGAAAGUUUUGCAUCACGUUAUUAGCUUUGGUGUUGCUUGUUCUUGUCAUAACUGUGGUCUUGACAGUGCUCACACCAGAGGACUCUUCAUUCAGGAGCCCUUUAGGAAGCAAGCUGUUUCCAGGCAGAAAAGAUGAUAAUCAUGUCCCAAGAGAGGACUACAAAAAACACAACCAGGUUAAAAUGAAUGACACUACCAAGUCAGACAAAGACAAAGAGCUGGAGGCUUCACUGAGGAAGUUUCCUCCCCCCAACUAUUAUCUACAUGCAUUCUACUACACCUGGUAUGGGAACCCUAAAUUUGAUGGCAAAUACAUCCACUGGAACCAUCCACAGCUCCCACACUGGGACUCUGAGGUGGCUAAGCGAUAUCCACAAGAGACGCACAACCCACCCGAAGACCUUGGGUCCAACUUUUACCCCUCUCUGGGACCAUACAGUUCGAGGGACCCCUCCAUUUUAGAGGCUCAUAUGCAUCAGCUACGAACGGCAGCUAUCGGUGUCAUCGCUCUUUCGUGGUAUCCUCCAAAUAUGAGCGAUGACAACGGUGAGUCAACAGACAGCAUUGUGCCUUUGCUGCUGGACGUGGCACAAAAAUACCACAUUAAGGUCGCCUUUCACAUUGAACCAUACAAAGGGCGAGAUGAAGUCAGUGUGUACGCAAAUGUCAAGUACAUCCUAGAGAAGUAUGGAGAGCACCCGGCUUUCUUCAGGUACCGCACUAACACUGGCAAGCUCCUUCCACUCUUCUAUGUGUAUGACUCAUACCUGAUGAACUCCGAGCAGUGGGCCAAACUGCUGAAACACACCGAGAGUAACGGCAUCAGGGGCACAGCAUACGAUGCUAUCUUUAUCGCCCUCGUAGUAGAGGAGAAACAUAAGAGGGAUAUCCUGACAGCAGGUUUUGAUGGUAUCUACACAUACUUUGCUACCAAUGAGUUUUCCUAUGGGUCCACGCAGCGACACUGGGACUCCCUUAAAGCCUUCUGUGUCGACAACAACCUGCUCUUCAUCCCAAGUGUGGGCCCAGGGUAUAUUGACACAAGCAUCCGACCCUGGAACUUCCAAAACACUCGAAACCGCAUCAACGGCAAAUACUAUGAAACCUCGCUGAGAGCUGCGUUAGAGGCCAGGCCCGAUUUUAUAUCCAUAACGUCUUUUAACGAGUGGCACGAAGGGACUCAGAUUGAAACGGCAGUUCCCAAAACAAGCCACACUGUGUACCUGGACUACCUGCCCAAUAAACCUGCAAUCUACCUGGAGAUAACUCGGAAAUGGGCGGUUCUAUUUGACGGCGAGCGACGCAAGUGGCAGGAAUGAUUCGACUAACAGCUGUAGUUAAUGUUUGUCAUUGAUAAUAUCAAAUAUUUACA